AUGGCAGCGGGGCACAGGUGGCACAGGCAGCGCCGUAGCAUGGCAACCGCGCAUCGGCGACGACCGUGCGUGGGUAGGCCGUGCAUAGGCGGCGGUCAAGCGCGGGCACGAACCGCCGCAGCGGUCGCUCGUGGGCAGAGGCAGCCCCCCCGCGGCGGCAACAACCGCGCGCUGGCAACAGCCGCGGCCAGCCGUGCGCGCCGUCCGCAGGCAGGAAAGGCCGCAGCGGUCGCGCGCGAGCAGAGUAGCGACAGCAUGAUUACAGAUUUUAUGCUAACACUUUUGGCUCACAUCCCGAUCGAUGAGGAACCUUCUUGGGACGUUGAAGGCGUCGGCGAGGACGGGGAUUUCGGCGGCAUCCCGGCGUCGACGGACGCGGUGAAGGAGCUGGCGGUGGUGAAGUACGAGCGUGGCGGAGAUGUCAGAGAGGAGAGUUGCAUCAUCUGCUUCGAAGAGUUCGACGAGGGCGUGGAGGUGACGCGGAUGCCAUGCAAGCACGCCUUCCAUGGCGGCUGUCUCACUCGAUGGUUGGAGAGCAGCCAUGUGUGUCCUCUCUGCAGACACGCCAUACCUGCUUCUGCUGAUCCCUGA